AAAUUGUUCAUUUCAGUUACAAAAUUUUGUCUAUAUAAUACUACACCAAACUAAUUCCAUACCAUAUUUCCACCAAGCAAUGCAAAGAAUCCCACUCUCAUCUCAAAUGGAAAAGACAAGUUGGUUGCUGGUAGUGGUAUUAGGGGUUGUGCUUAUAAGUCUACUACGAGGAACUGAAGGAAGAAAAUCAAGAAUUCUUGAUGAGUCUUCUUCUUAUGAUUUAGAGUACUCAGCAAUAAGUUGCAGAGCACACAGUGCAUCCAUAACAGAUUUUGGUGGAGUUGGUGAUGGGAAAACACUAAACACAAAGGCAUUUCAAGAAGCAGUGAAUCAGUUGAGCCAGUAUGCAUCAGAUGGUGGAUCUCAGCUUAUUGUCCCUGCUGGUCAAUGGCUCACUGGUAGCUUCAAUCUUACUAGCCAUUUCACACUUUUCCUUCAUAAGGAUGCUGUUCUUCUUGCUUCUCAGGAAAUAAAUGAGUGGGCUGUUAUAGACCCAUUACCAUCAUAUGGUCAUGGGAGGGAUGCAGCAGGUGGAAGGUACAUCAGUCUUUUAUUUGGAACUAACCUCACUGAUGUUAUCAUCACAGGUGAGAAUGGGACAAUAGAUGGACAGGGUGAGCUUUGGUGGCAGAAAUUUCACAGCAAAAAGCUAAAAUACACAAGACCUUACUUGAUUGAAAUUAUGCAUUCUGAUAAUAUUCAGAUAUCAAAUCUAACACUUGUCAACUCUCCAUCUUGGAAUAUACAUCCUGUUUAUAGCAGCAAUAUUAUUGUCCAAGGUAUCACUAUUUUAGCUCCAGUAAAAUCUCCAAACACUGAUGGGAUCAAUCCAGAUUCUUGCAGAAGCAUGAGAAUUGAAGACAACUACAUAGUAUCUGGAGAUGAUUGUGUGGCAGUUAAAAGUGGUUGGGAUGAAUAUGGCAUAAAUUAUGGGAUGCCAACAAGUCAAUUGAUCAUCAGACGCCUCACUUGCAUAUCACCUUAUAGUGCUGCAAUAGCAUUAGGAAGUGAAAUGUCAGGUGGGAUUCAAGAUGUUAGAGCUGAGGACAUCACGGCUAUCAACACGGAAUCAGGGGUCAGGAUCAAGACUGGUAUUGGCCGAGGUGGUUUUGUCAAAGAUAUAUAUGUCAAAGGGAUGACAUUGCACACCAUGAAAUGGGUAUUUUGGAUGACAGGCAACUAUGGACAACAUGCUGACACUCACUGGGAUCCUAAUGCAUUACCAGAGAUAAAAGGGAUCAAUUACAGGGAUGUAGUGGCUGAGAAUGUGUCGAUGGCUGCUCGUCUUGAGGGGAUUUCUGGGGAUCCGUUCACCGGAAUCUGCAUUUCAAAUGUGACAAUAGGUAUGGCAAAGAAGGCUAAGAAGUAUCCAUGGACUUGUACUGAUAUUGAAGGAGUUACAAGUGGUGUGCAGCCUCCACCUUGUCAGUCGUUGCCUGAUCAGGGUCCAGAAAAGACUGAAAUGUGUAAUUUUCCUACAGAGAGUUUGGCCAUUGAUAACAUAGAGAUGCAAAGAUGUUCCUAUAGAUUAAAUUACUGAUAAGCUAUCCAAAAUGUAUCAGCAAUAUAAGUGUAAUGAACUAUCUGAAUUUUAGUGCUUUCAUCUUCAA